AUGGAAAGAAGAAAGUCGCCACCAGAAAAUGCGUUCUCAGCGGCCAUUGAGCCAGCACUGAAAGUUGGUGCGGCGUGUGGUGGUGCUGGAUUUCUCUUUGGUGGAGCCUCUGGCAUCGUUCGUGGCCUGCCUGCUGCGCUCUCGGGCGGAAUUUCUGCAAUUCAAACGUUUACGCUCGGAACGACCUUUUCUCUCCUCCGCACUGGUGUAGUCGCCGCGUGGACUGUUGAUGGCAAGCCUCCAGCACCGCAUGACCUAACCAAAGCCAGUGCACUUGCUGGUGGAGUGUCUGGAGGGGCUGCUGGCCUUAUUUUCCGAGGUCGUUCCAACGUCCUUCCUGGAGCUAUUAUGUUUGCCAUUUUUGGCGCAGCAGGUCAACACAUCUACAAUAGAUAUACGGCACCCAGAGAUGUGCAGCCUCGAGAGAACUUCUGGAAGCGUAUGAGUGAGAAAAGCUGGACGCCCUUCAAGGUUUUGUCUAACGAAGAGUACACCGAGCUCCUGAAGGAAAAGAUGUUGAAGGUCGAGGUUGAAAUCGCUGUGCUGGAUGACAAGAUUGCAGCUCUCAAAGAGCAGCGAGGGAGUCAAGACGUGCAGGAAAGGCCGACCGGCACUGGUGAUUCCGCGCCUUGA